GCCCCUUUGACUCGAGUAGGCACACACGGUCUUGGUUUACCUUAUAUAUGCUGUUUGUAGAGAGGGAGCAAACUGCUAAAUAAAGGAAAGAUUUGCUUUUAGUUCCAGUGAAGCUGAGGCUAAAGCGGUGUCUAUUUUAACAGCGGUGAACGCUUACAACCGCCUUAAAAUCAAAAAUAGCAGAUAUAUCGACCAGAUUUAAGGCUGUUUCAGUAUUUUAAGACAUGUUUGCAGUGUAAACGGGUGUGUAACCUGGGAGCCCAGAGUCUCAACUCUUUUAAAAAUGUGUAUUCAGUAGGCUCCAUUUCUAUCUCUUGCGGAGAGCCCCAGAUUCACUGAAUCCGCCGCCGAGUCCAGCGCGCUAGGCUUCCUUAUUCACCACGGUGGCGCUAUUGAGGCUUCCACGUAUCUGGUAACAUCAGAGAAGAAGUUGAGGACGAACAUGGCGACGUCCGUCUGUAGGACGUUAAAAUUCCUUAAUCAGACGACAUGCAGCGGGUUAAAGGCUGUCGCACCCUUGCUGGAUGUGCAGUUCCCUCAGUCUGUGGUGAUUCCUAUCCGGACAAAGAAGCGCUACUUCAUCCCGCCCGCAGUGGGCCUUAAGGAGAAGAGCCAUGCAGAGCAGGAGGCAAAGGCACGGGCUGCAGGUGUGGUCAUCAGGCAGGAGUACAUGGAGAGAGCCAUCAACGUUGCCUGCACAGCCGGAAUUGUUGAUCCAUACGUCCCUCCUGAGGGCGAUGCUCGGCUUUCCACUUUGUCCAAAGAGGGCCUGAAACAGCGCACAGAGCAGCUGCGACAGAGUGCUGCCUCACAGCUAGCGAUACGUAAAAUAAAGGAUCACGAUUCAGAAUUUUCCUCUAAGGAGUUUGCUGUGCGAGCUCAGGAAAUCUUUAUUGAGGCUCAUUUGGCCCUGACCCAGUUUAACAAAGAGAAACUCCAUUCUUUGGUCACAGAAAGGUGUUAUCCUGAAAUGGUUCGAGGUAACCGGUAUAAAACACUGCGCUGGCGCUUUAUUGAGUCAUUGGAGCCGCCACGGGUGGUCCAUGCCCGAUGCCCUGACAUGGUCAGCAAGGGCAAUCUGUAUGGUCAAGUGACAGUCCGCAUGCACUCCAAGCAGACACUGGCAAUCUAUGACCGAUUUGGACGGUUGAUGCUGGGAAAUGAGGAGGAACCCAGAGACGUUUUGGAGUACCUGGUAAUGGAGAGGCACCUGGUCAACCCUUAUGGCUGCUGGAGGCUACAUGGCAAGAUUGUGCCUGCCUGGGCUCCACCUAAAGACCCCAUCAUUAAGACUGUUAUGAUUGCAGGACCAAAGCUUAAGCCAGAUGAGGAGUUUGAUAGUCUCAAUUAUGAAGUACCCAAGCCCAAGGCGGUGCAGUGGCAAAAGUAAUCCAGAGGGUGGCGCAUCCGUCCCCUAUGUACAGGCUCACUAUUGACUUGAAAUAAACUAUUUCCAGUAAAUAUCAAA